AUGUCCGACCCGGAGGUUGUCCUUUUCCUCGACCCUGAGGAUCUGUCGGAGCCGGGAAAAUCAUCUUCGAUGAAGUCGAGAUCGCGUUUGUGGAAGUGCUCGCAUGCGCGUUGUGAUGCGCGGUGUUAUUCGAGGAAGGCGCUUGUUUGUAGGGCGAUCCUCCGGCCUUUCUAUGUCCUCGUCUUCAUUAUCGGCCUCUUUAAUCUCUUCAGUUUCACUUGGGGUAGCCUACUCUCCUUCCUCGCAGAUGCUCGCGAUACUCGUCUCUUCCCGGACUACCGGCCCUCACUUUUCUCGCAGUGGCUAACCCACGGCGUCAGCCCGGUUGCCUGCCACUCACACAACGAUUACUGGCGCCAUGUUCCCCUCUUCUCGGCCCUCGCGGCUGGCUGCAUCAGCGUCGAAGCUGACGUCUGGUUGCACGGAGAUGAACUCCGAGUCGGCCAUACACCUCACACCGUGCUUCCGGGGCAGACACUACGCAGUCUCUAUCUCGACCCUCUGCUGGAGAUGCUUCAUAAAUACAACACGGCUGUAAAUGGAUCAACAGUCGCAACUGAUCUCAUGGGCGUCUUUGCUACCGAUCCCAUGCAGACUCUUGUCCUUCUCGUCGACUUCAAAGCUGACGGAGAACUCAUCUGGCCUUAUUUGAUGGAACAACUGGAACCGUUGCGUGAGAAUGGAUAUUUGACUUACUUCAAUGGCUCGGAGGUAAUCAAUCGCCCCAUUACAGUUGUCGCAUCGGGCGACGCUCCUCUCGACCGCAUCCUCAUGAACGCCGCCCACCGCGACGUAUUUUACGACGCGCCCCUAGACGUCCUCGCACACUCUGCAUUCUCCACCGUCAAGGAUAUCAAAAUGGAUGGCUCCAUAUUCAACGACCAUAAUAGCUAUUACGCCUCGGUCGACUUCCACAAAUCCAUCGGCUCCCUCCCUCUCAGUCGACUCUCGCAAGGCCAGCUCGCUAAGAUUCAGAAUCAGGUGCGUGCUGCGCACGAGCGAGGGUUGAAAGUGCGGUACUGGGGCACGCCGAAAUGGCCGGUUGGGCUGCGGAAUUAUGUCUGGCGGGCUUUGGUUCGUGAGGGUGUGGACGUGCUGAAUGUGGAUGAUUUGCACGGCGCGACAAAAGUGGAUUGGAGCCAGCGUAGCUGGUGA